UCCAAGAUCAUCACCCUCGCCUAUAUCCCCGCAAAUUAAAGUGGGGAAUUAAACAUGGCGGAUGGUGAUGAUGAUGGGGGUGGUGGUUUUUUAUUCAAUAGCAAUGUUAGUUCCGUGCUAGCUGGCAUGGGUUCAGCUGUGAUUGUGCUGCUAAUAUACCGAUGCAUGUCCAUGUUCUUGUGCAUCCGCCAUCCUCUCACAACCGAACAAGAGCAGGCUCGGUCCCCGCCGGCCGGCACCCGAUCUAGUACUUUGAAUUCGGUGGCGCAUAUGAUCCCAUCCCACAAGUACGACAAGAAAGAUGAUGAUUGCACAACAUGUGCAGUGUGCUUGGGAGAGUUCGAGGAGGGUGAUGAGUUGAGGAGGAUGCCAGAGUGCAUGCACUCUUUCCAUGUCCCAUGCAUUGAUAUGUGGCUCCGUUCCCAUUCAACUUGUCCUAUUUGCCGUGCUCAUGCCACACCCUCUUCUAACCAUCACUUCAAUCACACCACCAUUGAUAUGGAUUUCAUGCAACGUAUUCUUCUCCAAGGUGGCCAUGCUCCCGUGCCCAUGUAGUCAGAUGUCAUCUAUAAUAUUUUUGGUUUAAUCCAAUUGCAUAUACUCUUCAUACUUGUAAUAAAUAAGUUUUAGACAACCAUGAAUAUAUACUAUGAAAGUCUUUUAGCUA